AUGAGUAAUCAUUUAAAAUCAAAACAUCUAGAGAAGUUUCUAUUGGUGAAAAAAGGGAAAGACAAAGGCGUACCUGCGCAGCUUGUGGAACCCGCUGUCCCUAGUACAAGUUCGUCUUCGACAUUGACAGAAAAGCAGCUAACUUUGUCAGAAUCGUUUGAAAGAAAACUGCUUUGGGAUAUAAACGAUACAAAGGCAAAAAAGUAUAAUUAUUUAAUUGCAGAAGUGAUCGCACUAGAUAAUGAGCUGCUUUCUAUUGUAGAAAGGGUUGGGUUCAAAAGACUCUUGCAACAAGCUUUACCCCGCUAUGAAAUGCCAAGCCGCACCUAUAUAACCCAAAAAAUUGUUCCCGAUAUCUACAACAAAAUUUUUGAAAAAAUUAAAACAAGCAUUUCAAACGCAGUGGCAGUUUCUGUCACUUCUGAUAUGUGGACAUGUUUGCAUAAUAACUCUAGCUUUCUGAGUUUCACAGCUCAUUGGUUGUCUCCAGAAUUCCAGCUUCAACACGGAGUUCUCGCAAUGAAACCGUUUUUAGGAUCUCACACUGGAGAAAACAUAGCCAAUGAAUUCAAUGCUAUCGCAGCUCGCUGGGAUAUUGAGCAAAGUAAAGUACAUGUACUUGUUCAUGACAGUGGUGCUAACAUGGUGAAAGGCGUUCGAAUGGCGGAGUAUAAUUCUGCCAGAUGUUUCAUUCAUUCAUUUCAAAGGGUUGUGACUGAAUCAUUGAAGAUACAGUCUGAAGUAAUGGACAUGAUUGCCAAAGGUAGACGUCUUGUAACUCACUUUAAUCAUUCGGGUUUAGCACAAGAAAAACUGUUGGUGAUUCAAAAGGAGUUAAGUUUACCUGAGCAUCAAUUAGUGCAGGAUAUCAACACGAGGUGGAAUUCUACCUUCUAUAUGGCAGAACGCUUGUUGGAACAAAAACGGGCAAUCUCUCUUUAUGUGGCUGAGCACGACGACAAACUCACGAAUUUAACAACUCAUCAGUGGUGCUUGAUGGAACAGUGUGUAAAACUUUUAAAGCCAUUUGAAGAAAUAACUAAAAUCACAAGUUCUGGCCUUUCCUGCAUAUCCGAAGUUAUGCCGCAUGUAGCUGCAUUAAAAAAAUACUUAGAGAAGAAUGAGACUGCACAACGAACAGCCGACUUGUCCCGAAUGAGAGCCUCCUUAACAGCUGAAUUGGAAUCUCGUUUUAACACCAUGAGUGAAGAUCCGACUUACCUUAUUGCAACUUUCUUAGACAAACUAUUUGGGAACACUUGA